CAACAGACAGGGAGCGACACUAGCAUUUCCUGACACACACUCUCAGCAGACACAAAGAUGACGCUGGCACAACUCCUCAUCCUCCUCCUCACCAUCCUGGUGCACGCAGCAUCUGCUUUCCCAAAUGACAGGAGAGCUCAGCCCGGCCGGGACAAACACGCCUCCUGGGACGAUGUGAACGUGGUGGCUCACGGCCUCCUGCAGCUGGGCCAGGGCCUGAAGGAGCACGUGGACAAGACCAAGGCCCAGAUGAGGGACGUCAACGCCAAACUCAAGGCCUUCAACGGCACGGUGGCCGAGCUGCAGAAGAGGCAGCAGGAGCAAGAUGAAGCUCUCAAGAAGACCAGGGGUGCAGAGGUGGCUGAAGAGGUGAGGCUGAAGAUGGAGGGGGUGAAGCAGCAGAGCGAGGACAUCAACUCCAGGAUGGACAGACUGGAGGAGAAGGUGGACCAGGUGCUCGUGGGGCCGAAACUAGACAGCAACUACAGCGAUCACUCAGGAGUCCCAUUCAUGCAGAGGCUGCUGGCUGCUCAGAACAGACGGAUCGACGAGGUGGUGGAGAAAAUCAAGCAGCAGCAAAGCAAACUGGAGAAGCAGAGUCUGCACCUGCAAGCGCUGCAGGACAAGUUUGCACAUAAAAGAGUAAAAUCGCACCGACGCAGAGAUGAGGAGACGGCGCUGAGAGGAAAGGCCGAGCAAAACAAAGACACAUCAGAUCUGCCCAGAGACUGUCACGACCUGUUUGUACGAGGGCAGCGAGCCAGCGGCAUCUACUCGAUCCAGCCCAAGAGCUCGGAGCCGUUCAACGUCCUCUGUGAAAUGACUUCAGAUGCAGGAUGGACCGUCAUCCAGAAACGCCAAGACGGAUCCCAGAAGUUCAACCAGCUGUGGGAAAGCUACAAGAAAGGCUUCGGCAGUCUGAAUGGUGAGUUCUGGCUCGGCCUGGAGAACAUCCGCUCCCUGUCCACACAAGGCCAGUACGUCCUGCAGGUGGAGCUGUCUGAUCGGGCAGGUGAGCAGCAGACCACGCGGUACCAGUUCAACCUGGACGGAGAAGAGAAGAAGUACGCUGUGCACCUGGAGCAGGAGGCUUCAGCCGGAGUUCAGGAGGACAUCUUCACCACCGGAGCCUCCGGUGUCUCCUUCUCAACGGCCGACAGAGACAAUGACCUCGCUGCAGACGCCAACUGUGCCGAGCUGCUCUCAGGAGGUUGGUGGUUCAGCCGCUGUGGAGAAUCAAACCUCAACGGCAGAUAUCCCAGAAGGCCGAGCGAGCUGAGGAAACGGCGGCACGGGAGACAAGAGAUGUUUUGGACCAGGAAGGGACAAGAUAGCUCUCUGAAGACAACGCUGCUGAAGAUCACCCCCGCCACGAGAAAACAAUAAACUGUCUCAGUGUCUCAAAAACAAACAGGAAGAGACCCAAGAAGAAGACAAGAGUUUAACUUUAAAUGUUGAAAUCAUCCCAAUCUGCUGAGCACGUUAAUAAUCUCUCCUGUCUCUAUGAUAUUUCUAUGCUAUGCUAUAUGAUAUCUAUCGUCUGUCAUAUUGACGUUCUUUAUUCCCUUUGUAAGGGUUUUAUGUCUUGAUCUUAUUUCAUGAUUAUUUGCUGUUUGUGUUUUAAUGACGUUUUACUUCAACAGUGUUGUUUCUUACUGUUCACAUUCAUACACUUCAAUGUUUUAUAUUUUAUUUGAGUGAAGGAGAUGGAAAUAAAAGUUUUUAAAGCUUAAA